AUUAUGGGGAGCAGAAAUUUGGAAAAACAUAUGGAUUGCAUUGCAAUGUACUAAUGUUUCUGUUUUUCAUGUAGAUGCUCACACUUCUUUGGAUUCCAUUGAGAAAAUACAUAACAAAAAGGCAGAUGAGCUAACCAGAAUUCAUGCUAAUGCACAUCCCGCAAGUACAGAAGAAGAUCAUUUGAAAUGUGCACAAUGGAUACACGAACAUGCGGGUCAUGUAGGGGCAAAAACCAUGUACAGGUGGGCAUCUCAAAGAGGGAUAUAUCUUCCUCUUGAUGCUUGUAAAACUACUGCCCAUCAAUGCCCUGUAUGUAACCAAGAUAGACUUCAACAAGUGCCUCGAAUAGUAACUGGGGAAUUAGCUCGAGGAAAACAAUCUGCUCAAAUUUGGCAAAUUGACUAUAUAGGUCCCUUACCAAUGUCAAAGGGAUGUUCUUAUAUUUGUACUAUUGUAGAUACAUAUUCUGGACUUCUAAUUGGAUGCCCUUAUAAACGGGCUACCCAAAUAAAUACUUUAAAAACUUUAGACUAUAUAUUAUUAUAUUAUGGAACUCCCUUACAAAUUCAGAGUGACAAUGGAUCCCAUUUUAAAGGUAAGUUAAUAACUGAUUACUGUACUCAACAUAGCAUAGAAUGGAUUUAUCAUAUCCCUUAUUAUCCCCAAGCUGCAGGCCUCAUAGAACAAAUGAAUGGGAUGUUAAAAGAAAAACUACGAAAGUUAGGAAACAAUUCUUACCAUGCUUGGAAAGAUUUUUUAUUAACAGCUUUAAUGCAAUUAAAUAACCGUCCGCUAACAGACGGGCAAACACCCAUCCAACGAAUGAUGAACAUUUCAUCCACUGCAGAAGUUAGAUCACACUCUGUUAAUGCUACUGAUUUAACCAUUAUCUGGUGGAAAUUCCACCGGGAUGCCAUACAACCUUGGAAUGCUACUAAUGCUGCAGCUGGUUAUGAUUUAUUUACUUAUGUUGCUACUAAAAUUCCUGCACAUGCUCCCCAUGUUAUACCUACUGGCAUUGGUUUAAAAAUUCCCCCGGGGUUUUAUGGCCAACUUGCUGCACGAUCUAGCUUAGCUAUAAAAGGAAUGAUGAUUUUAGGAGGAGUUAUUGAUGCUGAUUAUUAUGGAGAAAUUAAAAUACUGUGUUAUAAUGUUUCUGAGGAAGAUCUCAUAAUCCCAAAAGGACAUCGUAUUACUCAAAUAUUAUUUAUUCCUAUAUUGCAAACUCAAAAUUGGGAGGCUCAGAAAUAUCCUCCUAUUUCUGAACAUCUUGGAUUUGGCAGCACUGAUGGACGAGUAUGGGUGCAAGUAACCCCAAAUAAGCCCCUCCAAUCUGGAGAAAUAGUUGCAAAAGGAAAGGAUAAUUGCUUGUACGUCCUUAUUCCUCCUGCUGAUACUCCUAUCUUGGUGCCAUCUAAUCAUUUAUAUUUUCGACCAUAGUAUAUUACAGGUAUACUGCUCAUAGCAUUCCUGGGAUUCUUCACAGCCACUGCAUAUACCCCUGGAAGUGUUCCACAAGAACUUAACACUACCAAAGCAGACUCCAUGCUUCUGAGAUGGGGAUGGAUGAACUCCACAUUUAAUCGGACCCAAGAUAAUUACACGUGCUACGCUAAUGAACAAUGUCUCAUGAUUAAUUUCACUAUAGAAGGAACUAAUCUCACAACAUGGAAAGGACAAUUUCCCAUCAGACGUGUCUUACACAGUGAUGGACCGGUGACUAUUAACAUUACUACUAAAGUUAACAUAACCUGUUGUAUAAGAGAUUUAACUAAUUUAAUGUCAAGUUCUCAAUAUAGAAAACAACUAAAAUCUUUUUUAACAGUAUGUAAUUCAACAAACUCUAGCUUUAUAAUCAAUUCUACUAUUCAUAUAUUAUGUCAUAACAAUAGUGAGAUAACUGGACGUACUAAUUGGGCAGAUUAUAUGCAUGUAAUUAUUGGCAAGACUUUUAACAUUACACACCCUACACUGAUACGCAUUCCACAUACCUGUAUUAACACCACAUUAUUAGCUCAGCCCUACCACCUAUUUUUUAAUAUUAGCUUUCCUUUGUUAACUCCAUGCACCCGCAGGAAACGCGCUUGGUAUGAUACUAUUUUAGGAGGAGUAGGAAUGGGAAUUGGGCUCGCCAAUAGCUUUGAUUUGGACACUUUAGCCUACAAACUCAAAAAUACCGGGCGGGAUGCAGCCCUAGCAACUAGUUUAAAUGCUAAAUGGAUUCCCACUAGUAUUAAACCUCUCGAACAACAAAUACAAUACCAAAAAACACUCUUACAAAUAUUCAAUAGUUCUAUUGUUUCUACCACCACAAAUAUCACUAUUUUAUUCAAUUGGACACAAUGCUCUUUACAAUAUUUAUAUACUUACAUACAAAUAGAAAACACGAAGCGAGACUUAACCUUAGGCGUGACUUCAUGGUCCACUGUGUUUAGUAUUCCAAAUACCACCUGGGUGCGUCUCCAUAACCCUUUCCAAUGUCACACUACAUACUGCUCGGGAACUAUAGUAUACUAUAAGCCUAAGCAAACCAACAUUCUAUGUCAAUACCAUGUUCUCCCUAUACCUUACCCUCACUAUUUCUUACAACCUGAGUAUUAUGGAACUUACAUAGGUAAAGAUAAUAUGACUUAUAUUGUUCAAGAUUGUGAACAAACCAAUCAAGGUGUUAUGUGUAAUGGAUCACAACAACAAAUGGAGCCUUGCUUAUUACAAUUUUCAGUUAAUCAUUGUAUUUUCACUGCUAUUCCUGUCUUGAAUUAUUCAGUAAUCUAUGAAGUAACAGAUAAGACUGUUUGUUUAGCCACCGCACAAUUAUCUACCACUCAGUUUCUAGAAGUAUCUACACCGUUUUCUGGAUGUGUAUAUAAUCUUAGUAUAUUGCCUUGGUAUAAUACAACACUUUAUCUUAUACCUAUUAAUCAAACAGCAUUAUUUCUUCCAUAUACAACGGUUAUCGCUACCACGCAUAGAAACCUAUUUGAAUCUAUCUAGGAUUUUGUACCAAAAUAUGCAAUUAAAUCAAUCAUUAAGACAUCUUGUAAAACAAUUAGCCCAACACCGAAUACAAACCACUAUUGUCAGUAACAAAUUACAAACUUAUUCCCAUGCUAUUGCCACAGACAGUAAUCAUAAUUGGUGGGAUUGGCUUUUUGUACACCCUAACACCUCAUAUCGAUUUUUUACCAUUAUUUGGAUUAUUACUUAUUGGAAUGUGUUUAAGUCUUUGUAGUUGCUGUUGCAAUUUGUAUCUAUACAGACAAGUGCAAACAACCUAUCUGUCCAUGCAAGAUGCUCAUUUUGCUUAUACUCGUUCUGGCCAUACCUAAGGGCCGAAUGUAGGGGCAUUUAAGGACAUGAGCUAUGACCAGAACUCCACUUGAGAAAAAUAGUUUACCUUCAUUUUCCUUGAACAGUCUCUGGGAGCAUUCCGAGCUCAGAAGUUCCCAGACAUAUUUUUGAUAAGGCACGGAAAUCUGGCCAAUUUCUGUGCCUGCAAGUUUGGUAAACAAUUUCAAGGAUGGGGUUGUAUAAUGAAGGUUUAAUUCCAAGAGGAGGUCUGUAUUUGUCCUUGUACAAACCCUAAUGUAUAAAAGCAGCCAGAAAAAAGCUGUUAGUGAGAAGAAGGAAGCGCUGAAACUGUCUUACAUUAACCCGUGCUGCUAUUUGCUGGUGUUGGUGUGAGAAACUGUCUUACAUUAACCCGUGCUGCUAUUUGCUGGUGUUGGUGUGAGAAACUGUCUUACAUUAACCCGUGCUGCUAUUUGCCGGUGUUGGUGUGAGAAGAAGGAAGCGCUACAACUGUCUUGCGAUAACCCGUGCUGCUGUUUGCCGGUGCUGAUGUGCAGAAGGGGCUCUUCUGGGUAUGGUACCUUGUAAAUAACUUUGUUUUCAUUUCCAUUUUUAUCCUGUACUUCCAUUCUGUAAAUAAAUUCUUUCAUUUCUAAUAAAUUCUUUCAUUUCUAUCUCUAUCCUGGCUGGUGUUUUUCCUUCCCACGAACCUG